GUAAGCUACUGUCAACUUAUUAUCCUGAACUUUAAAUGUCAGUGAGGAAUUUCCAUAGAGUGUGUUUAUUUUUAUUUUGAACAAUAAAAAUAUAUUUUGAAUUAAAAAAUAUAAUUUCAGACAACCAAUAUGUGAUGAAUAUUCAUGACACAAAUAAAUGUUUUAAAAGUAGAAGACUUAAACAAUUUAAGAUGGAAGAUUCAGACUGUAAAGUUGAAAGUGUAACAUGAAAUUUUAUUAGUAAACAAUGUCCAAAAGUUCUGAAUUGGAUUCAGUUAGCACGGUGCUUUGGCUUCAACAAGCAGAUGCACUCAAUACAUUUACAAAAAUGUGGUACCAUGUCUUCCUGUGGGCAUUUUUUUCAUCUAUAUUUGUUCAUACAAUAGCUGGAUUAAUAGCAUUCCUAACCCUUAGAAAACACAGGUUCGGUAAAUUUUUUCCAAUUGCAAUACUAGUCAUGGGUGUGAUAACGCCAGCUGUAACAGGCGUAGUAAGUAGCGCGGCAAUUGCUUUUGUAUACAGAGCAUCGAGUUUACCAAUGAAUCCACUUUACGCUCUAUUUUGGGGUUGUGGUCAGACAUUUUUAACUGGGUGCAUGGGUUUCACAAGAAUAUUGGCAACGCUAUAAUUCAUUAGGUUAAUAAAAAGAAGUCCGGAAGAUUAAUAGGUAAUAACUGAAGCAUUGUGCACCUUUUUCGUAAUGAAACUACUUUUGUUUUAUUCAGUAUAUUGUAUAAUUGAAGAGGUUUUUAUUAAAUUUUAUAUAAGUGAGAAAAGAAGAUCCAUUAUUUGUCUAAAGGUACAGUAAUUAAUUUAACUAUGCAAUGAAAAUAUCAAAAAAAUUUGGAUUCAAAUGUAUCAUUUUCCUUGUUGAUUAGUUUUAGCACUACAUAUCCUUGUGAAGUAGAACUUUUGUCCAAAUUCCAUUGAAUAAAGUUUUUUAUCUUUGUUUUUGGACAUCAUCUCUAGGAGUUUUUUUCCAAAAUUUGUUCAAAUGCACUAAAAAUCGUUUCUCAUUGAUUUUUUUGGAGGCUGUUUCUAAUCCUAAUAUUAGCAAUCAUUAUUUGAAUUUCUGAUGCACUAGAAUUAGACAUCAUCUUCAAGAAUUGUCCUACAAAAUUCAUCAGAAAAAUAGGAGAAUUAGUUUCUAGUUUUAGCACUAUAUAUGUCCUUGUGAAGUAGAACUUCUGUUCACAUUGUCUUAUAUCAUUUUCUUAAUUUUUGGUCAUCAUCUCCAGGAGGUUUGCUACAAAAUUAGCCGAAAAAAGAAACGAAAAUCGUAUAUAAUUCCACAGAUAUUCUUGAUUCUGGCAAAGACCCCCAAAUACUCGAUGCACCAGAAUUUGGAUGUCGUCUCUGGGAGUUUGACCCCAAAAUUCACACAACUGAAAAUGGUAUCUCAAUGGUUUUUUGGCCAUCGGCUACCACCUCCGAGUACUUGUUACUCCUGAAUUUGGACGUCAUCUCCAGCCAUAAAAUGUUAAUUAUUUUUUCGGUCUCUAUUUUUUUUUCAAGAAAAGCCAAAGGCACUGGGUAUUUGAUGCAUGUGAAUUUUUGGGGAGUUUUCUUACCAAAUUUGCACAAAACGAACCGAAAAUCAUAUCACAAUGGUCUUUGGUCAUAGACAAUCACUUUCAAACACCUGGAGCUUAAUAAUUUGGGCAUAAUCUCCGGGAGUUACUCUACAAAAUUAACACAAUCCCACUGAAAAUCAUCUCUCAGUUAUUCUUUUCGACCGCGCUUCUAGAUUCUGGCAACGGCAACCUUCCCCCAGUUAUCUGAUGCAAUAGAAUUUGGACAUCAUCUCCAAGAGUUAUGUCCCAAAAUUUGCGGUAACGAACUAAAAAUCGUAUCUCAGGGAUUUUUUCAUUCGCUAUUCUCGAUUCUAUCGGCAUAGACCAUUAACCGAGUACCUGGUGCACUCGACGUUGGACAUCAUCUCCAGAGUUCUUUUACAAAAUUCACAAUAACGAACUAAAAAUCAUAUUCUAAGGACAUCAUCACUGGAAAUUUUCCUGCAAAUUCGUCGCUUUUCUUGGUUAUGUGGUUUUCUAUGAUUGUACUGGAAUGAGGAUAUUGGGAAGUUUAAUAUUUUUUCAAUGAGAUCUUCUGCCUACCUAAAUAAUGGAAACAUAAAUUACUUGAUAACAUUUUGUGGAUUUAAAUUUUGUGUUUUCCUUUAAUUUUGUUUAUUUUUAUUUUAUUUCAUUAUUUUUUUGUUAAUAUGUUACCUGAAAAAUACUUUAUACUAAAGUGUCGUUUUUUACUGUGAUAUACGUUUUUUAUAUAGGGUGUUAACGAAUUAUAGUGUCUAACUUUUACCUAAAAUUACUUUCAAUAAAAUAAUUAAUCAAAUAUAUUAUUAUAUCCCCCUAAAACGGAACUAUAUGAAAAUAGAAAGUUCGGAAUGUUCUAAAAUGUAAAAUAGAAUUAUCGUAUAUAGAAUUUUUUCGUUAUAUACAAUGUGUAUCAAUAAAAAUUUAAUUUUCUGGCAAUACAUUUGUAUUUAACAAUAUCGAGAAUUGUUUUUGGAAAAAAUUGAUCACAACUAAAAACUACGUUCAAAUAUACAAUUAAAUUGAAAAUUAAUUUUUGUUACUUUAAAGUAAUUUUUCCAUUACAACAAAAUAAAAAAUGAUUUUUAUAUUGUAAACUCCAUAUUUGAGCGUAGUCUUCAGUUCUGAUCAUUUUUUUAAAUUAAUAAUUUUCGAUAUUGUUAAAUGUAAAGGUAUUUCACUCUUGAGCAUAAUCAUAUUUUUUGAAUUACCUCGUAUACGAAUAAAAAUUUUUAAUAUCUGUUAACUGAAUUUUCCGUUUCACAUUAUUUCAAACGUUUUAUGAAAAAUAAUAUUUUUUCCUAAAAUUAAUAAUAAGAAAGUUUUCCAUAUAAUCAAAUUCUGAAAUAUUAUAUUUGUACUUUUAGUUCUCUAGCUCCUGGCCUAACAAUUUAUAAUGACUAGUCCCACCAUGCUGACGAUUCACACUGUAUUCAAUUCAAGAUUAUUCAAAAUUGUUUUUAAAUUGAAAUGAAUUAUCAUUUGGAAAAUCUUUUACGAUUUUCGAUAUACAAAUCUUCAUUUAUUGAAAGAUUUUUUGUAAAAGUUAACACUAUCAAAGAAAAAAUUUGAUACAUUUUCAUAAUAUUAUCGAGUACAUAUAAUUUUUAACGACUUUUUCCGACUUAAAAAGGCAGAAAAUGAGUGAAUAAUGCCACUAAAGUAUAUCAGAUUUAACAUGGUGACCUCCCCCCGGGCACCUGGUGCACUGGAAUCUAGACCGGGCAUUAUAUCCUAUCUACAAACUUCACCCGACUGUACCUAAAAUCGUAUCUCAAGUAUGUGUUGACCGUUCUUCUCGAAUCGACCGACUUCCUUCUAGUACUUGGUGGACGUUAUCUACAGAAAUGUUCCUACAUAAUUCUGGCAAUAACGAAUACCCUUCAAGUAUAUGAUCUACUAGAAUUUGAACGUGGACGUUAUCUUCGGGAGUUUUCCUAUAAAAUCUAAUGGUUUACUACAUUCGAGUACAUGAAGCACCAAAUUUUGGACGUCAUCUCCAUGAGUUUUCCUCAAAAUUGGGUUAACAAAACGAAAAUCGUAUCUCGAUGAUUUUUUCUACCGUUCUUCUGGAUUCUACCAUGACCGGUCACCCCCCAAUUAUGUAGGGCUGCAGAAUUUGGAUGUCCUUCCGGGGCUUGUUUUAUAAAAUUUGUGAAAACUAGAAAAAAUUAUAUCAAUGAAGUUUCUGCUUAUUACCUACCACCUCCAGGUACCUGGUGCACCAAAUUUUGGGCGUCAUCUUCGAGAGUUUUUCUACCGUUAUCGAUUCUGCCACGGCCGAUCACCCUCUAAGCACGUGGUGCUGCAGAAAUUAGUUGUCCCCCUGGGACUUGUUUCACAAACUUCACCCAAACUAGAUGAAAUUAGUAUAUCAGUGACUUUUUUGCUUAUUAGCUACUAAUUUGGAAUUUGGAUGUUUUCCCGGAACUUGCUUCAUAAAAUUUGUGAAAUUAGUUUAUCAAUGAUGUUUUCGCUUAUUAGCUGCCUCCCCCAGGUACCUAGUUCACCAUAAUUUGGACGUCAUCUUCAUGAGUUUUCCUGCUAAAUUCACGUAAACGAAACGAAAACUGUCUCAAAUAAUUUUUCGACCUCUCUUCUCAAUUCCAAAAUCAACGAGAAUCGGAGCAGGUCUAGUGCACUAGAAUUUGACCAUCUUCGUGAGGUUUCCUACAAAAUUCGUGGAAAUUAACCGAAAGUCGAUCUCAAUGAUUUUUUCCUGUACCAACUAACUGACGUCGAUGUCAGAUUAUAUACUUGUAAUAUUUAUGAAAAGUUAUAACAGAGGCCAGCAGAUAUUUUGGUUCUUGGAUAUUUGGAACUGAUUCGCUCUAAACUCAUAUAACAUACCCAACAUAUCGCCCUACGAACUAGAGUAGAAAUUUGAUCGUUCCCUUGUUCAUAGAGCUAAAUAUAAUAUUUUUCGUGUACGUCGUCGGAAAAGUAUAAUGUACAACACGUAGAGACACUAGAUAUUUUCUAUAUGUGUGCUCUAUCAACUAGAAAGUUGUACAAGAAUAUUUUUCUAGUCAGUCGUCGAAAAAGUGUAGUGUAUAACACGUACGGAACCGGAUGUUUCAUAUUCGUUUGAGAAGAUUUGGUACAAUAUGCAAUUUUUUAUGAGCAUAAUUUUGUAUACAUAAAAUCAGUUUUAAAUUCAGGAAGACCAAAAAUUUGCUGACCUGUACAAAUAUAUUAUAAUUUUUGUAGUUGUUUCAAUAAAUUAUUUAUAAUAAAAAAUCACGAAUAUAAAAUAAAUUAUAUAAUUGUGUACAUUUCGAUGCACGUUUUUUUAGUAUAGUUGAGGUUAUGUGCAUAAUAUUUGUUCUUAGUUUAAAUGUACUUGUUCUGUUUUAAUUACAAAUUAUUUUUAAGGGUUUUUUUAUAUUUUCGCAAUAAUAAAAUAUCAAGGAAACGUAAUAAUCGACAACAAACGUAAUUUUCACGUUUUAGUGAAAAUAUAUGAGAAUUGUUUGUAGCCCAUUUUUUAAAAUUGGAUUGUAUGCUAAAAAAAACAUUUCUUUAUAUUCUAACAAUUAUUUUCUAUUUAAAUUUUCAAAAAAAUAAAAAAAAUUCGUGUAAAGUAUAUUUUUUCAUUGGAUGAAGUAUUGUGUAUAAUGUAUAGUUAUUUUAGUGCCUACCAAAUGCGUGUUCAUUUUCCAAAUUUUAAAAAUAUACUUUACAUUGUUUUCAAUAUUUGUUACUAUUUUUUUGAGAAAGUUAAAAAAGUUGUUUUGACCUUUCAAAAAAGAAGAAAAAAUUAAAAAAAAGAUUAAGGACUACUAGAAACUGGCUUAUAUUAAAAGAUAGAUACAUUUCGAUGAAUUGGGGCUCCGUAAUCUAUAUUUUUGUUUUCUCAGUGUUGAACAAUGAACUUUUUAUUAACUCAUUUAAGUCCUAUUAUUAAUAUAAGGUAAAUAAAGACAUAAAAGAUGAAAAUAAGUAUUGAAAUUAAUUUUUAUUGGCAAAAUAAAUUGUUUUUUUGACACAUUUUUGUAUUGAGACACUACUGGAAGCAUUUUAGAGUUCAAUAAGAGAAAAAUAAAUUCAAAAAGUGAUUUAACACCACUACAAACAUGGUUAUUAACAGAUAGUCACAUUUCGAUGAAUUGGGGCUCCGUAAUCUAUAUUUUUGUUUUCUCAGUGUUGAACAAUGAACUUUUUAUUAACUCAUUUAAGUCCUAUUAUAAAUAUAAAGUAAAUAAAGACAUAAAAGAUGAAAAUAAGUAUUGAAAUUAAUUUUUAUUGGCAAAAUAAAUUGUUUUUUUGACACAUUUUUGUAUUGAGACACUAUUGGAAGCAUUUUAGAGUUCAAUAAGAGAAAAAUAAAUUCAAAAAGUGAUUUAACACCACUACAAACAUGGUUAUUAACAGAUAGUCACAUUUCGAUGAAUUGGGGCUCCGUAAUCUAUAUUUUUGUUUUCUCAGUGUUGAACAAUGAACUUUUUAUUAACUCAUUUAAGUCCUAUUAUAAAUAUAAAGUAAAUAAAGACAUAAAAGAUGAAAAUAAGUAUUGAAAUUAAUUUUUAUUGGCAAAAUAAAUUGUUUUUUUGACACAUUUUUGUAUUGAGACACUACUGGAAGCAUUUUAGAGUUCAAUAAGAGAAAAAUAAAUUCAAAAAGUGAUUUAACACCACUACAAACUUGGUUAUUAACAGAUAGUCACAUUUCGAUGAAUUGGGUCUCCGUAAUCUAUAUUUUUGUUUUCUCAUUGUUGAACAAUGAACUUAAUAUUAACUCAUUUGAGUCCUAUUAUAAAUAUAAAGUAAAUAAAGACAUAAAAGAUGAAAAUAAUUAUUGAAAAUAAUUUUUAUUGGCAAAAUAAAUUGUUUUUUUUUGACACAUUUUUGUAUUGAGACACUACUGAAAACAUUUUUGAGUUCAAUAAGAGAAAAAUAAAUUCAAAAAGUGAUCUACUACCACUACAAAAAUGGUUAUUAACAAAUAGUCACAUUUCGAUGAAUUGAGGCUCCGUAGUCUAUAUUUUUGUUUUCUCGGUGUUGAAUAAUGAACUUUUAAUGAUCAAAUACGAAGUUUUUCUAGUUAUAUAUACAGAGUGUUGCUUUUUUACAUCUUAUCAGCUUGCUCUGGUGUAGAAAGAGAAUUCAGUGAAACUAGCAUAGCAUCUUCAUCGACUUUAUCUGUGAAUAUACUAUAGUAGACUGUAUAGACACUGUUCAAUAUAACAGUCUACGUGGCAGCAUGGGGUUUAAUUCCUUCAAUUCAUACAAGACCAUGUUUCUAAAGAAUCUAUAGCCUUUGGGGAUCAAGAUUGCUCAAUUGAUUGUCUUUAAUUGAACUUUUCUGGGAAUUUAUUGUUUGGAGGAUGGUGAAGUAGCAGUAUCCUCCACAGAUAUGGCAGUGCUUUCUCAUGAAGAUGAUUUCAUUUGAAAUAAAGUACCCCUAGAAGUUAUAGAUGGCUUUAAGUAUGAUUUUAUAAGGAAUUGGGGAUCACAACACAUUAUUCAACCAGUUUUCUCAGUGAUUAGUUUAAAAAACCUUGAAAUAAUUCAAAAAUGAAUAAUAAGAACUGUUUUUUUAACAGCUACAAUUGAUAUAAUGUGUAUAAAUAAAAUUUCUUAUAGUCUAUUUGAGUUUUAGCAACGACCAAUACAUUUAUACUAAAUUUAUGAGAAUGACAGUUUCCCCCAAAAGUUGCACAACGUUUCAAAACAACUACUGAAUUAAAAAUUAGAAUAUUUUACUGGUAAAUGUGAUGGUGCUAAUGGGAAUGUAUAACAAUUAGAUCAAACCACAGCUGAAUAAUUUGAAACGUUAUUGCAGUUGAAAUGUAACAAAUUGAUGUAUUAAAGUUGAAUUAAAAAUAAGCGGAAUAUCUGUCCUACUACUCUUUAAGUGAACAAACAAAACUAAAAUUAUUCAUCAAUAACUCUUUAAAGUAAUUGUUUUUCGUCUCAAGUCAUGUUCCCAAUCGUUUUAACAAUUCCGGAAAUCUUUCGAUUGGAACUUUCAUCACCACAUUCGUUUGAAUGUGACGAGAAAAGAGUCUUAGGGUGAUGGAUCAAGCGAAUAGGUUGAAGCUGGUAGCACUGGAAGCUAAAACUACGUUACACCAAAUCUAGCAACUUCUUUCACUCGCCUAAAAAAGCAUUUUUUCGAAUUCUGCAAAGUGAACUUCUGAAGCGGCGACAACCUUUUCAUUCGAUCCAAAUUUCUGUCCGGCGAGUAACUUUUUUCAAGUUUGUAAACAAAAAGAAUCGCGUGGGACCCAAACUAGAUAAUACAGUCUAUAGGGCAGCAGUUCGUAGUCCAAUUUGACUGACGUGAGCUGGUGUGUUAUCCUGGUAGAAGAGCUUUUUCUGGAAUUCGACGUUUAAUUGGCAUUGGCCAAAUAGUAAAUGGAACCUCCCAGAAAAAGAUGACCAUUUCUGCUUGUUUUGACUGUUCAUUGAUCUCUGGUGUGUACUAUAUUUCGACUACUGUCACGAAACAAAGCAUAAACUCCUUCUGAUUGCGUUUAAAUAAUGUCAAGCACUGUUCUGGAGCGGUAUCGUGGUUGCACUUGUCCGGAAUGAGUUCUUAUCGAUAGCUCUCUCAUUUCACAACUUUCGUGUAGGUUAUUAUCCACAUGAUCAUAUAAAAUGUCUACUAGCUCGCGCACAUUCAAUUGGCGAUUUGCAAAAAACGUGCUCUUUGUCACGUUAUUCUCCGUGGGAGUCGUUUUUGGAUCACGCGUAUUUGGUUCAUAAAAAACUGACUAGCUACCUGGAUGAUGAUGACUUAUCGGACUGCCCUCGUAGAUAGAUGUAUACAUAAAGGCGAAGUUAAUAAAAGAGUGUUAGAAUUGGAAAUACAUUUAAUCUUGACUACUUUUUAUUUAGUUCAGUACAAUAAUUUGAAAGUUUCGAAACAGAUAAUUUACAAUGAAAUUUUUCCAUUUGAUUCGAUUUAGAAGUUAAAAACAAUCCAGAAACUUUUUUGAAUCAUCAUUGUUUCGGAUUAGAUGAGGUUAAUAUUGAAAUUUUUGAUUAAAGAUUGUGAGCUGUAAAAAUUCGUGAUUUUGCAAUUGACAUUUUUACUGCAAAUAUUUGUUUUAAAUUUUACAGUUGAAGUUUGUUCUACGUGAAAUAAUGUAUAGAUUUUACCUAUAGAUUUUUUUAUUAUUUAUACAUAUAUACUAUGAAAGUGAUCAACUAUGUAAGUAAGCCACUAGUUAGACUUAUUAUUUUGUAUAUAUCGCGCACUGUACAUAAAUCCAAAUGUUUAGGUUAAGUAAAAAAUUGUCACGCCUAAGUCAAUAUUGUAUUUUUACUUUAAAAUCUAAAAAUAAAUAGUAAAUAUUUA